AUGUCACUUCGGAACCUGUUUGGCACGUUGAGGCGUUCGAGGGAGAGAAGGCAGGAGAACGAUGAGACCUCCAAAGAAGCGCGGAAGGAGAUUCUGAAUAACCUUCGAGAAGUGCACCGGUCUGUCAAGGCUUUUCCGCUAACCAGCCUCACCAACGUACACGCCGCCCGGUACAACAUCAGGUGCGAUGACCUCACGCUGCGCACCGACGGCGGCUCCUCGGCUACGACACAGACGUAUUUUAAGCCUUGGCCGUUGGAAAAGCUCGAGCAGUUUCCCCUUGAUCUUGACAACCCGGAUACCAGCAGCAACGUCCGAAGCGACGAGGCGUGCUUUGCAGAACUCGAUAAAGAGAAAUCGCGUGAAACGACCGCCGAGAGCGAUCCAGAUGGUGACGACUCUGGGCUCCUCCUGUCCAGUGUAUUCCUCUGUCAAUUUACAUAUUACGCAAGGAAGACCACGGAGGCUGGAGCUACGCUCGGUGAUCUGUCGGGCUGGUUCGGAAGGGAACGUUAUAUGAACAUGGCCAUGUUCACAGACCCAGGUAACAAUCCUCUGGCCUCACCACCUCUCAGGUUUGAAGAUGCUUGGUAUCCGCACCGGCCACUGGGCCAGGAACUUCCUCACAUAAACCUGGUCGUAACUCUUGAGGGAGUGUGCGAUGAUAACAUCCUCCGUUCUGAACUGCUUGUUUUACUCGGCGUCAUGAGGACCCGUCUUGGGAGGGUAGAGCUGAAAGACCACUCCGUGGCCCCGGUUCUCUUGACAUCAUGCACAGACAAUCUAAAGGCGAGGAUUCUAAUCGCUUACUUCAAUGGCCGUGGGGGAUACCAAGGCGCUGCCAGUACCGAUGGCUACGGAGGAGCAGGUUACUGCUUAGUUAGGGGCCAGGAUGCUUGCAAUACUGCUCAGUGCGCUGGGCACUGGGUUGCCGAUGCCAUUACGGUUAUAACUAUAUCAGCAGACGUACACAUGAAAUUCUCAAAAACCUUCGACGUUAUUCUUCCUCAAAAUCAGUAUGAAGCCACCAAUCCUGAUUUGGGCCGGCAAUUCUCCCUGAAGAAGCUGUACCAUACUGAUGAAGAGUGGUAA